AUAUGUUAAUUUCUCUUUCCCCUAAAAUCAGUAGGUUAGAAGAAAGUGGAGGUUAUAAUAAUAAUCAACGAAGCCCUGUUUGUUUCUCUUCCAACCAUUACACAAGAAGAAAGCCAUCACCACCGCCGCCGCCUCCUCCAUCUCUUCACCCAAAAACCUUCACUCCCAACAAUGGCUACCUCCUCCCUCUUUAACCCCACCAUUUCUCUCCCUUCUCGCAACCCCAAGCUCCAAUCCACCCCGAAAUUCCGCAACCCCAUUCUCAGAAUCCCUAAAGCUACCUCCGAUUCCUCUCCCUCUCCACCUACUAACGGCUCUCCCCCAUUGUCAACUCUCAAGAACCGCCGUUCUGCUGACGAGAACAUUAAAGAUGAAGCCCGUCGCCACCGUGCUGCCUCCGGAGAAGAUCGGAGCAACUUCUCGGCCAAGUACGUCCCUUUCAACGCUGGCCCCGACUCCACUGAGUGCUACUCUCUGGACGAGAUCGUUUACCGAAGCCGAUCUGGUGGGUUGCUCGACAUUCAACACGACAUGGAGGCACUGAAGAAAUAUGACGGCGCGUAUUGGCGUAACCUAUUCGAUUCGCGCGUGGGGAAAACUACGUGGCCUUAUGGUUCCGGCGUUUGGAGUAAGAAGGAAUGGGUGUUACCGGAGAUCGAUCCUGACGAUAUCGUCAGUGCUUUUGAAGGUAACUCGAACUUGUUUUGGGCCGAGCGUUUUGGCAAACAGUUUCUGGGUAUGAAUGAUUUAUGGGUGAAACAUUGUGGGAUUAGCCAUACUGGGAGUUUCAAGGAUUUGGGUAUGACUGUUUUGGUUAGUCAAGUGAAUCGGUUAAGGAAAUUGAAACGUCCUGUUGUCGGAGUCGGUUGUGCGUCGACCGGCGAUACAUCGGCUGCAUUAUCGGCUUACUGUGCUUCUGCAGGGAUUCCUUCCAUUGUCUUCCUUCCAGCAAACAAGAUUUCCAUGGCACAGCUUGUUCAACCCAUUGCUAAUGGAGCUUUUGUGUUGAGUAUAGACACAGAUUUUGAUGGCUGUAUGAAGUUAAUAAGAGAAGUUACAGCAGAAUUGCCAAUUUAUUUAGCUAAUUCUUUGAAUAGUUUGAGACUUGAAGGACAAAAAACAGCAGCUAUUGAAAUUCUACAGCAAUUUGAUUGGGGAGUACCUGAAUGGGUGAUUGUUCCUGGAGGAAAUCUUGGUAACAUUUAUGCAUUUUACAAAGGUUUCAAGAUGUGUCAAGAACUUGGCCUUGUUGAUAGAAUUCCAAGGCUUGUUUGUGCUCAAGCAGCCAAUGCAAAUCCUUUGUAUUUACAUUACAAAUCUGGUUGGAAAGAUUUCAAGGCUGUGAAAGCAAGUUCAACUUUUGCUUCCGCCAUUCAGAUUGGAGAUCCGGUUUCUAUAGAUCGAGCUGUUUACGCUUUGCAGAAUUCAAAUGGCAUUGUUGAGGAAGCAACUGAGGAAGAACUUAUGGAUGCAAUGGCACAAGCUGAUUCUACUGGGAUGUUCAUUUGUCCUCACACUGGGGUUGCACUAACUGCUUUAAUCAAGCUGAGAAACAAAGGGAUCAUCGGACCGACUGAUCGGACAGUGGUGGUGAGCACUGCUCAUGGUCUGAAGUUUACACAAUCCAAAAUUGAUUAUCAUUCCAAGGAAAUCCCAGACAUGGCUUGCCAAUUUGCUAACCCACCUGUUCAAGUGAAGGCUGAUUUUGGAAGUGUCAUGGAUGUACUCAAAGAUUAUUUACUAAAUAGUGCUCCAAAGUCUAAAGUGUAAUAACGUUGUAGAUUACUGCUUUCAAUUCCAUUUCUGGGUUUUUUUAGGUUCUGUUGCUCUUCUUUUCCUCUAAUAAAAAAUUGGGGUCUAUUGCCCUUGAUUCCAAA